GCAACGUCAUUGUCAUUUUCCCGCUUUUUCUAGUUCUAGUUGGAGUAAAUAAGUAAUAAUUUGUUUGAUAUAAUUAAUAAUUAACAGGAAUGUGAUUAUAAGUUCUAUACAGAUAUCGAAAAUAAUAAGGUUAAAUAAUAUCUAAUUAAGGUCAAUUAUCAUGACGCUGCAGAACAGUUUUAUGUCACAAUCAAUUCAGUAGAAGUUGUUUCUAAAUAUUUUUUGUUUACAGUAUUUUGAUAAAUCAUUCAACUUCAUAAAUAAUAUAUUUACAUAUACAGAAAAAUAUUCAACCAUGUAUAAUAAAUAUUACAUUUGGUUCUAUAUAUCUUGAACUAAAGGCGAAGCAAGAAAACGUGAAUAAGACGAUCGAUGAAGGAACCUUUCCAUAUAAUUUUCGUGCUAUGUACUCAUGUUAUUUCUAGUGAUGAGCAUUGACGAGCCUAUUCAAUAUUGUUCAACACGAAGAAUCUCAAUUAAACCGAAUAAUGAUCAUAAUUGGAAGUAUUAUAUUAUAUAUAGAUAAUACACUAUAAUAAUAUAGGAAAACGAUUUGAUAUAAUGUAAAAUUGAUAGAAAACAAGAAUAAUCAUUUAUUCUGUUAAUAAGUAACUUACACAAAUUUCAUAUAUUAUUAAAUUGGUUAUAAACAUGCAAUAAGUCAAGCUAAAUAAUCUUUGAACCAAAAAUUGACAUUAUCUAACGAUUGGUCGCGGAUUCCAAGAGUUGAAUGUGUAGAACUAGCGCCUGUGCCUUAUCUUUAGCACAUUGUCUACAAAAAAGCAAUGUUUAAUAAGUCCUGAGCUUAUAACAUCUUGACGUAAACAUAUUGAGAAAUGACCUUCGUGUUAAAUUGAUCUCUACAAAAUGUACAGGCCGUACAAGGUUUUUUACUGGCUCGACUUAGGCGUAAAUUAUUUCAAUUAUAGCGGAUUAAACAAAACAUCUUAUCCUGUAAAAACGAAAAGGAAGAAGCAGUUAAGAAUCAUGAGCGUUGAUUACUUGAACUUCUUGAGUAAAAGGUAGAUUUGGUGGUAAUUUCUUUCAACUUCACCGUGGUCGACAAUUCUCUUGACAUUGGCCAGUUUGAACUAGUGGCAGCUAGAUGAAUUCGAGCUGCUUUAUUUGAGUUCAACGCUCUCCAUGAUAUGAUAAAGAAACUCCACAAGUGUCUCGUUGCUAGUGAUACAAAUGAACUUUAAAUAUAUUGUCGCUAAACUUAGAAAGUUUCUAGAUGAGUGAUAAAGUGUCCAAAAUUUGUCAAAGCAUAUACAUGUAGACAAGAUUUAUAUCUUAAAAAGCAAAAAUAUCGCGCCAUAAGAAGGCGCUGCGAGCGUCGCGGCGCAGGGCGUCGUCGUCAGGCAGCGUCAAUCGUGUGUAUCUAAAAACUCAUGGACUGGAUGUCGGCUAAGGUGCCGGGACACACGGCCAGUACGAGAGAAAGAAGGAGACAGUGAGGAGCUCUGAUGUAAAAAGACAGAUGUUGUGAUAAAAAGAGAUAGCACGAGGAAGACACGAAGAAAAUAGAAAAUAAGGAAAAGUGAAAAAUAGAAAAGCUAAAUAAGACUUACUAACUGUGAAUCAUUCAAAUACUCAAAAAGUAAAACAAUCACAGAUCCAAGACAACCAUAAGGAAUUUAAAAAAAGAUGAAGACAGUUACGUUACCAAUACUAUAAAGAGCACGAGAGCUAAUGAAAGCUGAACUCGAGACAAGGCGAGGCCGGUUAUAGCAUCAUUUUUAUUUCAACACAAUUCUACACAACGACACGCGAGAAUUUCGUGAUUCGAUUUGGUUAAUUGUUAUUAGUCGUCAUGAAUAAUUUAUCAUGUGUUCAAAUCAGUAACAUUUUAAUUCAUUAAAGUGUGAAUUAAUGGCUCUGUGAUGAUUUGGCGAGAAGUGAAGCAUUGAAAUAACUCAAGAAUUUACACGAAACAAAUAAAAAAAAAAUAAACGUGCGGUAAAAUGAAUUUAAUUGUGAGUGAAAAAUUAAUGAUUCAGUUCUCGUGACAACGACCUUUAUCAUACAAUUGUUCACAACCGAUACAAAGGUCAUUGUUCCUUUAAAUGAUUUUCUCAAUGCGGUACCGAUAUUUUCAGUCGGUCACUGCACCUAAAAACCGACUUAAUAAGCUUCACCGAUUCUUCAAAAUCCAUGACGAAGAAGAUUUUUCUAGAUUUAUUAUUUGAUAAUAAAAAUAGAUAUUCUUAUCAACUUACAAAAGCUUUACUCUAAAUACCACAAUAGUGAUAAGGCAUGUAAUGUGCCUAAGGAUAUGAUCCAUAAGUUUUAAAUAAUUAUGAUAUAAUACUCAUUUAUUAUUUACUACAACAAAAAUUAACGUACAACGAUGGAAAAUACCAGUUUAGAAAAAGCAGCAUCUACUGCUUGUUCUAUGGCUACUACUUUUUUAGCUCCGGUUAAAACAGAUCAACAAAUUUAUGAAAAUUCAAUGUUAGAAGAUGAUCCUAAUGCUAAUUCAGUUGUUCCUUCAUUGCACGAGGACCGAUCUUUACCCAGAUGGGGUCCAAAUCACAAAGGAGCUAGAGAACUAGCAAAUCUUUACAGUACAGGAAAAAGAACGCAAGAAUGUAUUUGUGUGGGUAUCUGUAUCACACUAAUGGCAGUCAAUUCAUUUUUCAUUGUCAUUCGUUUGAGAUUAGAGAAUUUAAGCUCGAUGCUCAUCGCUGCACUUUGUGGAAUCGUUACAGCAGACUUUAUCUCGGGAUUAGUUCAUUGGGCGGCUGAUACAUGGGGAUCAGUAGAAUUACCUAUUCUUGGAAAAAAUUUUUUGAGGCCAUUUCGUGAGCAUCACAUAGAUCCAACAAGCAUAACUAGGCAUGAUUUUAUCGAAACGAACGGCGAUAAUUUCAUGGUUACUAUUCCAGCGCUGUGUAAACUCACGUGGGAUUUUUUAACCCUGCCUGAAUCUAUUAUUCAGCGAAGAUUUCUCUGGAGUUGUUUCUGGUGGCAGCUUGCAAUUUUUGUAGCUAUGACUAACCAGAUUCAUAAGUGGUCUCACACAUACUUCGGACUCCCCAGUUGGGUGGUGUGGCUUCAAGAACAUAGAAUAAUACUUCCUAGAAGACAUCAUCGAGUUCAUCAUGUUGCUCCACACGAAACGUACUUUUGUAUUACUACGGGUUGGUUAAAUUGGCCCCUCGAGAAACUAAGGUUUUGGUAUAUUUUAGAAACGAUAAUAGAAAAUUUGACAGGGUAUAAACCUCGUGCUGAUGAUUUUAAAUGGGCUCAAAAAAGAUCUUGAAAAUUAAUAUGGAUGUUCCUAUUGUUAUUGUGGUAUUUAACUGCAUAUACAUUCGAUAAAGUUCAAAAAAUGAAGACAUUAAUAGGGCCGGUUCCCUUUACAUGACAACAAUAUAUUUGUGAUUUAAAUAAUAGCACAUAAGAUAUUUAUUAUCUAUUGUUCUAGGUUGCAUGUAAAAUAUAUGCACUCCUAGAUUGCUUUGUAAACAAAUAUAAAAAGGUUGCAAUUGAAUAUUAUCGCCAUGCCGAAAUGUGCUUUUACUCUUUACACAUUGAUAAUAUUUUUUUAAUAUUGAGAUAUCUUGUAAUUUACACUUUAUACACUUGAAACAAUUUGUUUCUUUUUGUUUAUCUCUGAAAGAUUUAUUUAUAUAAUUUAAAUUAUGCGACGAAUCACGCUGAUAAUGUAUAUUUUACCAAAUAUAAAUCACGAUAUUAGUCGCGGCCUUAGAAGUUUUUUAGAGUUAAAGAAUACUGCAAUAUAAUAAUAUGAUAUGAAAAAAAUGACUUAUAAAAUCUGAGAGAGAAUAUUAUUUGUUAUAAAUUUUAGAAAAAAUCUUUUUCUCAGCCUACAGUAUAUACACGAUACAAUAAUAAUUAUUUAAUGUAAGAAAAUACAGAUGAUGUAGAUAUAUUUUUCUUUUUUAUCAACAAAAAACGUCGCACAAUACGCUGAUAAUAAAUCGUUUUCAAUGGUAUUUUGAAAUAAUAUUUAAAAUGAUACCGAAAGUAUUCCCUGAACCGCUGCAGAUUAGCCUGCAAUAUUAUUUUUACAAUUUUAUGUAUUUAAACUGGUGAUAUAACACAAAACUAUUGCACAAAAAUAUGCGCUGCACUUUAUAUACUUUUUAUAGCACAAUAACAAUUGUCACAAAAAACCAAAAUGCUUAAAUAUGCUGCGCAUUUAAUAAUAAGUACAAUUUUUGGGUUCAGGGACCAAUAAUGAGCCUAUUGUGCGACACUUUGUUUAUAAACAAAAUUUGAUGCGGCUUUUGUAAUAAAGUAUACCGAAAUCAAAUUUAACUUAAAUGAAAAAUUUUAAAAAUAUAUAAAUAAUCACGCCGUCCCUACUGAAUAACAUGUACCUCAGUGAUUUGAACACAUUUGUAUAUUACUUAUAAUAAUUCUAUCGGCGUGAAAUACUCAAUUGAUGUAAUAAUUACUGCAAGUGUGAUGAAUUUAUUACAAUAACUUAUACAGAAGAAAAUCCAAAGACAUAGUGUAAUAUAUAAACUUUUUUCGGUGUAAUUUAUUCAAAAUUGCCUCGUAAUUCGUAUUAAAAAUGGGGAAUAAAUUUUAUUUUAAGUAUCUCUAUCUCGUUAUCGAUGGCGUUAUUGUUGUUACUGAAAAUAAAAGUAAGAGAUUUGAAGAAUUAUUUAUAAAAAAAAAAGUAUAUGAGAGUCUAAAGUAGAUAUAAAACAGAAUGUGAUUAGAAUUAUGUAAAAAAAAUUGCAGAAACCUCUAAAGUAUCGCAACGUUGUAAAAAUUAUGAAUUACUCCGAAAAGUAAUCAUUGAUGGACUGUAUGCUUAAAUAAUUAAGUAAUUUAUUAAAUAAUUAUUGAGUAUUUAUUAUAAUUAUAAUUUAGUAUAUGAUGCUAUAAAAGUAUUUGUAUUUGUAUAUAUAUAUAUAUAUAUAUAAAAGUACUAUUUUACUUCUAAAUUAUCUUCUAAAAAAUGUUAUCGCUGACAUGCAUGUUUUAUCAGACAAUUUUACAAAAUAAAACUUUGGAUUAUUUUUUUACUAUGAAGUAUAAAGCAAAAGUUUUGUAUGUAAAUUUUAUGUCGCCAAUUCGCUUUAUUUAUAAUAAGAGAAAUAUAUGUGCGACAAAACAGAUUGUUAUAAAAAUUUUCAAAUGGAAUUUCUAUUGCUAAUUUUAUUUGUUUAGCUUGUUAAUUAUAUUUUAUGUAGAAAAAUCGUCAAACUGAAAAAAAUAUAAAACUGAUAUAAAAUAAAACAGAAUUUAAAUAAACAAUAAUAUAUAAAGCUCAAAUACUAUGGACUAGCGCUUAAUAUAAAAAUUUAUAAUUUUUAAUGACAAAGAGUAUGUGUAAUUAGGAGAGUUUGUAUUGAAUGAAGCAUUAAUAUUUGCUUACAACGAACUGUUUUUGCCAUCGAGCGCCUUUUACAGUAUGUCAAAAAUAAAAAAAGGCAUAUUCAACUCAAAAUAUGUAACACUGUAAAUGAAUUUAAUAAAUAAACAAAAGUAGCGCAAUUUUUACAUUGCGUUGCAAUUCACUACAUUAAAAAAA